AUGAUCCCUUCAAACAAUUCCGAAACCACUCUCUUGAACGAAGGAAUUAAUUUAAUUGGAGAUAAUUCGUUCAUGCUUUUGGACGCGGAGUAUUAUGAGUUGGCACAACAACUUAAUUCAGAUAAAUAUUAUUCCGAAAUUUUUGAUGAACCCGUUCCGAUAAACCAUAAUCUUGCGGAUUACAUAGAAGAGUGUAAUGAUGUGUUUCAUCCAUCUUUUUGCUUUAGUCAAGAAUGGAGUUUGACUGAUGAUACCACGGAGCAAGAACGAAGAAAGGACACAGCAUCAGCAGACCGAACAAUAUUUUGUACAGCAAAAUGCACGACAUGCAAAAACUGUGUUUGUAGAAAGAAUGGACUACCAUGCACAGACAAAUGUAAAUGUGCUGACACCUGUUGUAACUUGGUAAAGCCAACUUUUGAACAUGAAUGGACUCUCAAUGCUGUGUUUCCGAAUGUGAAUGUGGAACCUCCAACCAAUUCAGGUCCUAGAAAUCUUCCGAAACAUUUAUCGUUGCCAGAAUCUACCUCCAUAAUUUGGAAUGACAAAAUAUUGCAACAUAUUUACGAAAGAACAAACUGGAAAAAAGAAUAUUGUAUUGAGUAUGAACAAGCAUUGAAUGAUCACAAAGAAUGGUCAAACACAAAAUCAAAACACGAAAAGAAGCAAAAACGUUUCAAACGAAAAUAUGAGCAUGAUAACGAAAACAUGGUUCAGGAAAUCAAUGAUGCCAAUCCCCCUCCAUUGAUCAAUGAUAUACUUGAAUCGGAGCCCAAGGUCGAACCUUUUGCCAAAUAUUUAGAAAAAAAGAAAGGCUGUACUAUUCCCAAUCAUUAUUCCAAAGACGACAUUAAGGGAUUUUUACAAAUUUGCCAAAUUAUGGGAUUAUCUCCAAUUCCAAAUUACUAUGAUUAUUGGUCAAUAGACGGAGAGAAUCAUGCAUUCUAUGCUUGCAAACUCAUUCAACGAAUAAUGAGCCGGAAACGAUUUAUUGACAUACAUAUGCAUCUCAGUAGCGAACCUAAUUUUUUAGAGGACAAUGUUAAUUCGAACAGUAGACAUUAUUGGUUAUGUGUUAAAGAAGUUUCAGUUGAUGAAAUAAUUGCUGCUUUUAAAGGGAAAAUACGAUUUAAACAAUAUAUCCCAUUGAAACCUCACAAGUACGGCCUGAAAUAUUAUGCUUUAUCAGACUCUACAGGUUAUAUUUAUGCAUUUUGGUUAUAUCAAGGAAAAGAAUCAAGGUAUUCUCAUAAUGCAACAUCUAUUGUUUUAGAUUUAGUUAAACAUGUUUCACCAGAAAAUCAUGUUUUAGGAAUCGACAAUUAUUAUGGAUCAUUGGAUCUUGCGAGAGAAUUGGUGAAUCAUGGAUGGAAAUUUGUUAUGACUGUCCGUAACAAUCGUCCUUCUUAUCUAUUCUCAGAAGGAUUGCAGAAAAAACUCCCUGGAAGCAAAACUAGAAAAUGGAUCCAUGCUGUAAAUAAGGAGAACACUUUAGUGGCAUUGUCAAUUAAUGACAACAAACGAGUUAAUUUUUUGACAAAUUUAGGAAGCAGUCAAUUAAUCAAAAACAAACCAUACGUUCAAGAAAUGUAUAACAAAUCAAUGGGAUGUGUUGACAAAUCUGGAAUUUUCUUGCAUUGCACUCAUCCUCCUUUUAGAAACAAAAACUGGAAAACUGUCCAUUUAUUGCAGAUGAUGAAGACUUCGUUUGUCAACCAGUAUAUCAUAUUUAAGCAUCACAUUAACAACCCAGGUUUAACUCUUUGCGACUACCUCAAGCACAGCCUUGCUCAAACUGUGACCUUUCGUAACCCUUAUUUCACCAGAACAACUCACUUCCCCAUGAAACUCAAAAAGUUGGAACGGUAUCAAUUAUGCUCUCAUUGCAAGGACUCUUCUUCGAGAUGUGGAUACAAAUGCAUGGGAUGUGGAUGCUAUCUCCAUUUACAUUGCUUUACUGCCUAUCAUGACCCCAAAUUUAUUUAUUACUAA